AUGAACAGCAUCAUCGAUCAAUUAAGCAAACAGGAUUUUUAAAGUAUUAUCUACUAUCCUAUAAUAAGGCUGCUUUAUUUCUGUAAAUAAGUUUCUCUAAGAAAAUGAAAAAUCAAAAUCCUUUCAAAAAGAAUAUCUUAAAUUAUUUACAACUAUCUUGAAUUCAUUAUAGGCAAUCAUUGUUGAAUAAGAAAAUAAAGAAUUUAAAUUUAAACUAUUUUAAAUUCUUAGAUUGCUUACAAGAUCUUAGGAUGUUUCCCUAAAUAUUUAAUCUUAAGAAUUUAUAGUUUUAUUAGAAUUGAUGUAAAUUAUUUAAAAAUAGACCUCGUAAUCAUUUACUAUGAUGCAAAUAGAAAAUUUGAGUAUUUAAAAACGAUUGAUUUAUUACAACAAUAAGGUAUAUAUUUUUGUUUUAAAUCUAUAAUAGUUACUUUAAACCUUUAAUUCUAAAUAUGUGCAUUCCCUUUUAGACCUUAUGACAUCUUCGAAUAAAGAUUUAAAGUUAAGUCUAUUGGAUUAUAUUAAAUUGGCUAUGGAAAUAGAUGGAUAAUUAAUAUAAUCUGAAGUUUCAUCUUUAUAUUAUGUUGGAAAGAUGUUAGUAUUGCUUGAAAAUAAUGAUCAAGAGAUUAAGAUCUAGACUUCCAAUUUAAUUACAAAGCUUUUAGAUUGCUAUUAAUUUAGUGAAAAUUUUAGGAAACUAACAGGAAUGGCAACAGUUAUAUAAGAAAUAGAAAAAAAGGAUAAUGAUAAAUUAGAAGUUAAAAUACCUCUGUUAAAUUUAUUAAUGAGAAUUUCAUCUGAUAGUAAGAAUUAUUCUGAUCUAAAAGUAACAAUUAUUAAAAUUUUAUAAGUUAUAUGGAAUUGUGGAAAUUUUACUUUAAAAUUUAGAUCAUCAAGAAUACAUGAUUGUUACAACAGUAAUAAAUAUUUUUGGUUAACUGAGUUUUGACGAUGAAUUAUCAUCAAGAAUUGCAUAAAAAGGAUUAUGUAUGAAUGAUUGUAAAAUUAGAAAAAAUAAUUAAUCUUGUAUUUAUGUGCCAUCCUCAUAGAGUUAAAUAAUUAAAGUUUAUUGAUAUUAAUAAAAAGGAUUAUCCUAAGGCUAUAUUGGAAUUGUAAAUAUACACAUUUAGAUUAUUGAGAUAUUUAGCUUCACUAAAUAGACAUAGACACAUUUUUAAAUAAUUAUUUAUCCCAAGGUUAUUGCAAUAAUUUAUUGAUAUAGAAAAUUUUAAUAAAGCAUUAAAUGCAUAUAAAAAAUUAGUGGAUGAUUUUAAUUAAAUUGAACCUGAAGAUUUAUUAUGUAUGUAAGAAACAUUACAAUAAUCAGCAGAAAAUUUCUAUCUGCAAAAUACAAUAUAGAAGAUAGGAAAUUAUGAAAUUUUGGAAUAGAUUGGAAAAGGUGCAUUUGGAUCGGUUUAUUUGUGUAGAUUAGGAGGAAACUUCUAUGCAAUAAAAUAAAUAAAUGAUGUAGAGACUUUAUAGUAUAGAGAGGUGUAAAUUCACCUUGAAUUGAAUCAUCCAAAUAUAGUUAAAUUAUAUGAGUGUUUUAUUCAUGAACAUUCAUUAUGUUUAGUGAUUGAAUAUAUUAAAGGAAUGAAUGUUUAAGAAUUGAUUAAAUUAAUGAAUGAAAAAAAUUAGUAAAUUGAAGAGGAAAAUGUAUGGAAAAUAUUGAUAGAUUUACUUUCAGUCUUAAGAUAUUUACACUUUGAUAAGAAUAUAGUUCAUCGAGAUUUAAACCCAGCUAAUAUUAUGGUAGAUUCAUCUUAUUCUAUAAAAAUCUGUGAUUUUGGAUUGGCAAAACACUUUUAAGAAGACAUUAUAAAUAAUUCAUUUGUUGGAACAUUAAUUUAUACAUGUCCAUAGAUAGUAGAGAAUAAAGCAUAUUCAGAGAAAGCAGAUGUUUGGGCUUUGGGAUGUAUAUUAUAUGAAAUGCUUUAAUAAAAGCCUGCUUUCUAAUCAGCAAAUCCUUUAAUGUUAGCCAAGAAAAUAGUUUAAUUAGAAUUUGAGCCAAUCAAUUAAGGUAUAUAUAGCAAUGAAUUAAUAAAUAUUGUUGAAUUAUGUCUUUAGAAAGAGGAAGAUAAAAGACCAUCAGUUAAUGAAUUAUUAGAAAUGAUAAGUUUAAAGGUUGUAAUUUUGAUGGAUAAUAUCAAAUAGGAGAAAGAUGAUUUGAAAAGCGAGUUGUAAGAUUUGAGAUCAAAAAUCAAUGAUUAAUAAUAUGAGACAAAAAAAGAAUAUUAGGAACCAGGAUAGUAGGUUUGGAAUAUAUUUUAGAAAUUAUUGUAAUUAUCACAUCAUGAUUACAAAACUAUUGAUGCAAAGAAUUAAUAUUUGAUUGAAUAAUUUAGAAGAAAGAUUAGUAAACCAGAUAAUGAAAUUAAUAUUUAGACAGAAUUGACUAAAUUAACAUCUUUGUCUAAAGAAUUUAUAUCCUAUUUGCCAAAGAUAACAUAUGAACAAUUGUUUUUUAUAAUUGAGUCAGAAUGUAAAUAGUAGUAAAUUUGA